AUGGCGCCAAACGCCUCCUCUUGCAUCCCGUGCCUGAUCCUGGCGAUCCUGCUGGCCUCCCGCCUGGCCUCCGGCGCGGAGCGCAUCGCCUCGAGCGCGCCAAGCGCCUGGGUGGCGAACCUGGAUCACGAUGCCCACCGCAAUCCCAUGGCGAGGCUGGCCGUCGAGUCGACCACAGUGGAACCGAUUGGUGGGCUGGCGGUGGAGGCCAACGCGAGCCGCAUCGUGGCGUCCGGGCAGGUCGUGGAGGUCCGAUUCUGCUGCGUGGCAGAUCCCGCGGAGGACGAUUUCGUGGCGGUCUACGCGCCGGCGGACGCGGACCCCAGCGAGACGGCGCCCGUGAAGAUGCGGCCGGCUGCGGAGGACGGGGGGUACCUGGCGACGGGGUCGGGAACGCUGAGGUUUCAGCUCUUUAAUCACCGCACCGAUGUGCGAUUCGCAUUCUUGAAGGGGGGCUGGAAUCAACCCACGGUUGUAGCGUGGGGCCCUGAGGUGGGGGUGGAGAACGUCAACGAGCCCUUGCAGGGUCACCUGCACCUAACCGGAGAUAACACGGAGAUGCUGGUGCAGUGGGUGACAAAAGACCAGGGCUCCCCUGUGGUCAAAUGGGGCACGAGCCCUGGAGAUCACAAGUUCCAAGCCUCUGCCAAGACCACAACCUACACGAGGGACGAAAUGUGUGGUGGACAUGCGGCAACGGUCGGGUGGAUCGACCCAGGUCUCUUCCAUGCAGCCGUCAUGACGGGGCUGAAGCCAGGGAGGAGGUACUACUACAUCUACGGCGACGAGGUCUAUGGCUUCAGUGAGGAGAGGUCCUUUGUGGCUGCCCCAACGGUAGGCCCACAGACGAGUGUCAACAUUUUGGCCAUCGCUGAUUUGGGCCAAUCCGAGGAGGACGGCUCCACAGAGCCCUUCCAGUACACCGCCUCGCUCAACACCACCAAGUGGUUGGCCCAAGAGCUUGCCGAAAAGGAAUACCAGCUGCUUGUGCACAACGGCGACAUCAGCUACGCAAUGGGUUUCGUCCCCCAGUGGGAUCAUUACUUCGAGCAGAUCAAGCCCAUCGUUACUCGAGUGCCCUACAUGACCACGCCAGGCAACCACGAGCGCGAUUGGCCGCACUCGGGCGACCGCUUCAACACGGUGGAUGAUUCUGGUGGUGAGUGCGGCAUUGCGUACAGCAGGCGCUGCAACAUGCCCCUGGGGCCCUACGCCGACGCCUGGUACUCCUUCGACUUUGGGCCCAUACACUUCCUGCAGUAUUCGACCGAACACGAGUUCGAACCAGAUUCACCUCAGUACCGGUUCAUCGAGGAAGAUCUUGCAUCGAUUGACAGAUCCGUGACCCCAUGGGUCAUUGUGGGUGGGCACCGGCCCAUCUACGUCAGUUCCACGUAUUCCAAUUGGCCCGAUGGUGACCUGGACGUCUCAGAGGCGCUGAAACUCGCUCUGGAACCUCUGUUUUACAAGUAUAAGGUGGAUCUCACAUGGCAUGGACACCACCACAGCUACCAGCGCACUUGCCCCGUCUUCGGGGACUCCUGCCUCGGGUACAGGGAGGACGGCACCGCCAGGGGGCCCGUCCACUUGGUCAUUGGGCAUGCAGGGGCUCACCUGAGCAGGAAUAUUCAGCCGAUCCAGCCCCCCUACUUUGAGAGAGUCGUCUUGGACCAUGGCUACUCGCGGGUGUUUGCGAAUGGCACAUACCUCAACAUGGAAGUCCUGUACGAUGAGGACCAGUCGCUUAUGGACACCGUUACACUCGUGAAGCCGGCUGGAUGGGAGGCGGCAUGGCCCGCGAUCGAGGGCCCGUUGGCUGGCGCUGGCACCAUCCGAGGGAAGGCACAAUCCCUGCCUAGUGCGUCCGUCGAGGUUUAG